GUCGAAGGAGAAAAUGCGGAAAUUGACAUUGCGUUUGUUUUGGGGAUCUUUAUUUUUUUGGUGUGGGGAAGGCGAUGUCAAGGCAUAAAUAACACUACUCGUCAAACAAUGAACAAAUAACUUCACAAAAAAAAUAAAUGUAUGAUUUCGCUUUAGCUACCAAAACAAGGCUUCAGGUUUUGUGCAUCACAGGAGAGAUGGCGUCAGUGAAAGACAGCAGUCAAACACUCCUGCUCAAUGUCAUCACGAAAGAUAAAGAGGAGGAGGUGAAGAUUUGGGAAUGUGAUGAUUAUCCAGGAGAAAGUCCAGAGGUGGCCUCAGAAAAGGUGGCAGACAGAAGUCAAACACUGGGGCUGAAUGUCAUCAUUAACAGAGAGGAGAAGGAAGACAUUGGUGAAUCUGUUGAUCCUGGAGAGACCCCUAACUCCUCUGACCAAGUUGAGACAUUUCCUGCUUCAGUCAAGCAACGUCGGAAAGUGAGCAAAGUGAAGAAGCCUCACCGCUGUCCUCACUGUGAGAAGAGUUUCCCAUUCCUUUCAUAUCUUGAAAGACACGUGCGUAAACAUUCUGGAGAGAAGCCUUAUUCCUGUUCUGACUGUGGGAUGAGUUUCUCCCAACUGAGUGGCUUGAACGUGCACCAUCGAACGCACACUGGAGAGAAGCCUCACCACUGUCCUCACUGUGAGAAGAGUUUCCCAUUCCCAUCAUAUCUUGAAAUACACCUGCGUAAACAUUCUGGAGAGAAACCGUACUCCUGUUCUGACUGUGGGAAAUGCUUCACAACAUCAAGUCAUCUAACCUCUCAUCGGAGAACUCACACAGGGGAGAAGCCUUACUCCUGCUCUGACUGUGGGAAGAGUUUCCCAUUCCCAUCAUAUCUUGAAAGACACCUGCGGAAACAUUCUGGAGAGAAGCCUUACUGCUGCUCUGACUGCGGGAAAUGCUUCACCACAUCAAGCAAUCUAACGCUACAUCAGAGUGCACACAGGGGAGAAGCCUUGGAGCCAAUUUGAGUUCAAAAGAAUUGACCCAAAAA